GCUAAUGACUGAACCGUGACGGCGGCUGAUGCUGACAUCACACGGCUCCGGCUCUCUCCCCUUUAUGAUUCGCUCCGUGUCCACUCCAUCCAUCUGCAGCUGUUGGGACGGGCGGAUCGCGACCGGCCGCUGCCAUGGAGUAGGGACGGAGGGAGAGCGACGGGCGGCCGUGCUGUCCUCCCAGGCUUAUCAAUGCCCAACUUGUGUACAUCUCGUGCAUACAAAUGAGUGUUUGGGAGACCAGCGGGAUGGAUUUGCCAGCUGCUGCAGGGCUGCAGGUUUGCUGCAUCAGCAGGACCUUAGCACCAUCAGGAGGGAGGAGGUAUCUCACUGGUGUUGAAGAGUUGACCCUGCUCUUAGCCUCCUGUUACCCCCUGGAUCAUCGUAUGUCAGGGUUUUCGUAUUGAAGUGCAAUCAGUAAUUGUAGUAACUGCAGAAUGGCAGGAGAUUCUCGAAUCCUCCCCAACAAGGACAUGGACAUUCAAGCAACAAUAAGAGAAGCUAAGAAGUUGCCAAAACAAGCACGUGACAGCGUGUUAACCACAGACAGGACCAGACUCCUCAAUGAGCCAAAGAAACUCAAGCAAAGGUACGUUGACAAGGAUGGGAAAUGUAAUGUCCACCACGGGAAUGUGCAGGAGACCUACCGAUACUUCAGUGACCUGUUCACCACCCUUGUCGAUCUCAAGUGGCGGUUUAACCUUCUAAUCUUCACCUUGGUCUUUACUGUUACCUGGCUGUUCUUUGGCUUCAUCUGGUGGCUGAUAGCCUACAUCCGAGGAGACUUGGACCAUCUGGGAGACCCAACAUGGACCCCGUGCGUGGAUAAUUUGAAUGGGUUUGUGUCUGCGUUUUUAUUUUCUAUUGAAACUGAAACAACCAUUGGCUACGGGCACAGAGUUAUAACUGAGAAGUGCCCGGAGGGUAUUAUCCUGCUCUUGAUCCAGGCGAUCCUGGGAUCCAUCGUUAACGCUCUGAUGGUAGGGUGUAUGUUUGUGAAGAUUUCUCAGCCGAAGAAUCGAGCUGAGACGCUGAUGUUUUCGCACCGCGCGGUGAUCUCUCUCCGAGAUGAGAAGCUGUGCCUCAUGUUCCGGGUUGGAGAUCUUCGCAACUCGCACAUCGUGGAGGCUUCCAUCCGAGCCAAGCUCAUCAAAUCCAGGCAGACCAAAGAGGGCGAGUUCAUCCCCCUGAACCAGACCGACAUCAACGUGGGCUUCGACACUGGCGACGAUCGCCUCUUCCUGGUGUCACCGCUGAUCAUUUCUCACGAAAUAAAUGAGAAAAGCCCCUUCUGGGAAAUGAGCCGAAGUCAGCUGGAGCAGGAAGACUUUGAGAUCGUUGUGAUCCUUGAAGGCAUGGUGGAAGCAACAGGAAUGACCUGUCAGGCCAGAAGCUCGUACUCAGACUCUGAGGUUCUUUGGGGACAUCGGUUCACUCCAGUGCUAACUCUUGAGAAAGAUUUCUACGAAGUCGAUUACAACAGCUUCCAUGAGACUUAUGAAACAAAUACCCCGAUCUGCAGCGCGAAAGAAAUGGCCGAAAUGCUGCAGGCAGGCCGAGCUCUGUCCGAGAUAUCUUUGCCAAACCCGCCCAGCGAGGCGGCAGCCGACAAUACAGGUGAAGAGGAAGAAGAUUUCAGUGCAAACAGCCCCACAGCCAAAAUGGAGGACUCAGCACCUUUCUCUCCAGCUGAAGACUCAGAGUAUUGCACAGGGUUCUCAGCUCGAUUUAUACAAGGCCUUGAAGAGGCCCAGAAACUCUAGGGUAGCCUGUGUGAUGCUACCAGUUGCUACUGUCAUGUCACUGGCUGUUAAACCAGUGAUAACCAUGUCGGCAGGACUGAAUUUGAGAUGUAUAUAGGAGAUUCUCACCAUUAUCCCCAUGAUGUGCAGUGUGGAUCAGAGAGAGUGGGCUGGUAUCAUUUGUACAUAAAGAAUAAACAUCGCUAUUCAUUC